UCCCGAUGUCCUGUCACACACUCACACAUACAGUACAGAGGUUUUCUGCACCCCCCCCACACACACACACACACACACACACACACACACUACAGAGGUUUUUUUCACACACACACACACACACACUUGGCAUGUCACAAAGAACACUCACUCAGAAUCCUCUGGAGAAGACAUGGGGUCCGUGGAUGAAAAGCAGGCUGAGCCAACGCAGAGGCUCGUCGGUGCCCCAGUUCACCAACUCCCCCACCAUGAUCGUGAUGGUUGGACUCCCGGCGAGAGGGAAAACCUACAUCUCCAAGAAGCUCACCAGAUACCUGAACUGGAUCGGAGUCACAACCAAAGUGUUUAACGUCGGUCAGUACAGAAGAGACGCCACGCGGUCCUACAACAGCUUCGAGUUCUUCCGACCCGACAACAGCGAGGCCAUGAAGAUACGCAAAGCUUGUGCCGUCGCUGCCCUGAAAGACGUGUGUGACUACUUCACCAGAGCGCUGGGGCAGGUGGUGGUUUUUGAUGCAACCAACACCACGCUGGAGCGCAGAGAGGUCAUCCUCAGCUUCGCCAAGGAAAACGGUUACAAGGUUUUCUUUGUGGAGUCGAUAUGUGACGAUCCGGAAAUCAUCGCCGCGAAUAUUAAACAAGUGAAGCUGAGCAGUCCUGACUAUGUGGACUGUGACAAAGAGGAGGCCGUGGCCGACUUCCUGAAGAGGAUCGAGUGUUACAAGUUGACCUACGUCCCGCUGGAUGACAACAAGGACAGGAACUUGUCCUACAUCAAGAUCUUCAACGUGGGUAGCCGGUACCUGGUGAACCGGGUCCAGGACCACAUCCAGAGCAGGAUAGUCUACUACCUCAUGAACAUCCACGUCACCCCGAGGUCCAUCUACCUGUGUCGCCACGGCGAGAGCGAGCUCAACCUCACGGGUCGCAUCGGGGGGGACUCGGGGCUGUCGCCUCGGGGGGCAAAGUUUGCCAGUGCUCUGGGGACGUACCUGCGUGGGCAGUCCAUCAGCGACCUGAAGGUGUGGACGAGCCACAUGAAGAGGACCAUCCAGACCGCCGAGGCCCUCGGGGUCCCGUAUGAACAGUGGAAGGCCCUCAAUGAGAUCGACGCUGGGGUUUGUGAGGACAUGACGUAUGAGGAGAUUCAGGAGAAUUUCCCAGAGGAGUUUGCACUGCGGGACCAAGACAAGUAUCGCUACCGCUACCCGAAAGGAGAGUCUUACGAGGACCUUGUCCAGCGUCUGGAGCCGGUCAUCAUGGAGCUGGAGAGGCAGGAGAACGUUCUGGUCAUCUGUCAUCAGGCGGUGAUGAGAUGUCUGCUCGCCUACUUCCUGGAUAAGACUGCUCAUGAGCUGCCCUACCUGAAGUGUCCCCUCCACACCGUCCUCAAACUCACCCCGGUGGCCUACGGGUGUAAAGUGGAGUCUGUCUUCCUCAAGGUUGAAGCUGUCAACACACACAGAGACAAACCAGUGAACGUGGACGUGGACAGAGAGCCGUCGGAGGCUUUAGAGACGGUCCCAGGCCACAUCUAGAGGACGCUGCUGCACGGAGCCCGUUUCAUUUCCAUCAAAACAAACCUCAUGGGGUGUGGCCUUUUCUUAAACGUGAAGUCAUCACAGUGUCCGUCGUUCUCGUGCUCGUCGUUGUGAUAGAUGAAAAUGAGACGUCUCUCCUGUUGUCGAUGCACUUUAUCCUGCAGGGCUCAGGCCAAACGUCUGUGAAAUGAAGAACAGGCUUCUUUUACUGUGAAAAAUGAACUGCUGAACACUGUUUGGAUGUUUUAUCAUCCAACAAAGUCACCUGCAUGUCUCUCUCUCUCCCAUUUCUUCUCUUCAUCCAUCAUCUUCUCUACUUGUAUUAAUGCAUUAACCAAAUUUAAGUCAUUCAACUCAGCUCUUAACUUGAACUGACAUGUCGGUCUGAGCCAUUUCUGCUUUCACAGAGGUACAUCAUAUGAGAAUACAAAAAGAGGAAGUGGAGUUUUCACAGUGUAUGAGAAGGAGAUAGUUUGAUAUUUUGAGAAAUACACUUAUUUGCUUUUUUGCGGAGAGUUAUAUUAGAAGAUCGAUACCACUCUCAUGUCUGUACCGUUGAAAUAGAACGGGAAUAGAAAGGACAUCCCACUAGCCUGGGCCCUGUCAACAUGUAAAAUAAAUCCUCCUACCAUCACAGCUACAGCUCAUAACUAAUAUAAUGUGUUGUGAGAUUAAUCUGUAGAAAAAACAAACUGUAAAAAUGGAAAGUUGUAGUUUUAUGCGCGUGAGUUUGUCAAUCUCACACUGACGAUGAGAGUUAAACGUAGUUAAACAACCCCUGAGUCAAAACUUAUGGUUUACAUUGAGUGUUUCUAACCAAAGCAUAUGCCUUCAUCGCCCAGUAUCACAAAUCACAAAUGUGCUUUACAAUCUGUAAAUCAAACAACACUCGUUUGUCAUUUGGAUAAGGGAAAAGUCCCCCAAAAAACUCUAACAGGGGAAAAAAUGAGCAACAAAAAAACUUGUAGUUUUUAAACUUAGUUUUCAUAAGGAUUCACCAAACGACAUUGAUGUGUUCAUCAGUGAGCUUUAGAGGUACUCAUCAGUGGAUUUUGUUUUGUGUGUUUCCCUCUGUUCCCAGUCUUUGUGCUAAGCUAAGCUAAGCUAAGCGCUAACUGCUGGCCCCGAGCCGCAUAUUUAUCGUACACACACCGGAGUGGUAAUGAUCUCCUCAUGUAACUCUCAGCAAAAGAAGUGAAUAUAUGUCUAUAAAUUUACCCUAAAAUCCUAAACACAUAUUUUUACUUUUACCCGGUAAAGCUAUUUAUCAAUCUAGAUGGUUUUGCUGUGAGUUUGUCGAGUGUCUGACUUCUCUACAGUUUAAAGGGGAUGAUGACACCAUGUUUACUCUACAGCCACGUCUCUUUCCAGAAGUCAUGACCCGGUUAUAGGAGAUAAUCCUCAGACUUUGAUGUGAGCACUUUUCAUGUAGGAACUAUGGUUGAAAGAUAAUAGUUCCAACAAUAAAAAAAACUGCUCUCUACAA